UCUCUCUCUCUCUCUCUCUCACUCACUCACUCACUCACUCACCCCGUCUCUCAUAAGAGCGGUGCACACUCGCCACACGCACACACGCGCACCGCCCAGACACACACACACGCUCGAUCACGAUCGCACACGGACCCCGCUCAGACAGGCAGAGCUCAGAGUCGCGAGAUCAGCAGCAGCAGCAGCAGCAGCAGACAGAUCCACCAGAUCAGACACAGCCAGAGCCAAACACCAGAGCACACAGCCCCCCUGUACAGCACAGCACAGCACAGCAGCAACAUGGAUGUACUGAAGAAGGGAUUCUCCAUGGCCAAGGAGGGAGUGGUGGCGGCCGCCGAGAAGACCAAGGCUGGGGUGGAGGAGGCAGCUGCCAAGACCAAGGAGGGGGUCAUGUAUGUAGGAAACAAGACAAAGGAGGGAGUGGUAUCAGGAGUGAACACAGUGGCCCAGAGAACGACUGAUCAGGCCAACAUCGUGGCGGACACAACAGUCGCCGGGGCCAACGAGGUGGCUCAACAGACAGUGGAUGGCGUUGAGAACGCGGCGGUGUCAACCGGAUUGGUCAACCCGGAGGAGGAGGCGCCUGUCACAGAGGAGGCUGACUUCUCCCACACGGAGGGAGCCGCAGAGGAGGGAGGGCAGUAGGUGUCAGUCCUGAGAGUAAGCAGCAGCGACGUCCCUCUCCUCAGUUUGGGUUCAACUCCUUUUGAGCUGCUGGUUGGCCCUCCCAUCUCCGCCUCUGGAUCCCAGAAUGCUUUCUGUUGUGUGACUCAGUGAAACUAAACGUUCAGAGAGAUUUCCCCCUUGCCUCUACACCACCCCAUCCACAACACACCCUCUACACUUCCCUGCCCCCAUCAACUCACCCUAGCCCCCCACCAUUAACCCACCUCAUCACUGUGACCCCCCUUUCCAGAACAUCAGAACACACACACACACACAUGCAAAAUGCCGUGGGACUUAGAAUUACUUUGUAGAACAGUAAUUAUUUCCCUUCUCUCUCUAGAGGAAAAGCAAAAGUGAAACUUUCUGGUAGUGUGCACGCAGUCAGCUAAUGUAACACCUGUACUUAUGCAGUAGAUGUACUUAUAUUGGUGUAUGCUUUUUGGUCAGGAGUGUUGAUUAAGAUGUGUUUGAAGCCUGUGUAUUUAACCCAUUGUGUCUUAUUGCCUGAUAUUUACCCCCGUCCCUUAAUGUGACAGAUCAGGGUUCAGAGUUUAGAGUGAAGGUGGAGAAAGGGUUAACAGCAGCACUGCCCAAUCCUCCUCACCCCCCCUACUUCCACUGUCUUCUUCCUCGUCCUUCCGUCAUCUUUGUAAUUUUUUUUGACCAAGGAAGUCCUAAACCUCAGGGCUCUGUAGAAGUAUUAUAAUUAGAGGGCUUUCAUAGGGAAACAGUUUGUAUUGGAAAUAUGUAGGUCCUAAACAGAUGUUGUGUACCUUCUCAGUGGUGUGGUGUUUACCGUCCUCUACACUUUCAGCUUGGAUUUCCUAUCACAGUCUGCAAGAGGGCUCUUGAUGUUGAGGGGUUUCACCAGGUUACAUGUACAACUGUGACAUGGACCCUGCUGUGGUAACCUUCGAUUAUAGACGGUAGAAAGAGAAAUGUAAAAAAAAAACUGUGUGUGGUUAGAUAUAUUGACUUUGCCUGUUCCAAGAUUAUUUUCCUCAAAUGUAGAGAUAUGAAUGAUUUGAAAACAUUGCAAAAAUAAGUAAAUACUGCAAUGUAUGUCUCUACAAGAGCCACAUUUUACAGUGAUAUUAUACUUUGGUCUUUGUCGUUGUGCUUUCACUCUGUGAUAAGCCACACCGUCUGUCACUCAACCGGGUGCUCUGGCCCCUCCCCCUGUCUUCUGUCUGCUCUUGGUCACUAAAAAUAGGUCUUUUAAACCAUUGAAGUGUUUGUCUUUUGAAGUUGUCGGAAACAAGACUGCAUGUUGCCUUACUAGCACCCAGACACAUAGACUCAGUUACUUCACACACUGUCAAAAAUGCAUUACACAAAUUGAAGCACACACACGCAUAAAAACACACUCACAAAAAAAGAAAUGACACUAAUGUACACAAACACAUGGAGAUGCAAAUUUGUGUUGGCAAUUUGUGUUGCAUCAAAGCAGACUGCUUCUUUUAUAAAACAAUAAAACUGAAAUAAAGACAAUUUUUUGGAAAUCCAG